UCAGGGCUACUCGAACAGUAGGGAUUUUGAUGAACCAGUUCUUUUAUUUGUGGUGGUAGGUGCGAUCUUUGUGUAGGCGUAGCCUCAGUGACUUAAAUUCAGUCGAAAAUGCUUAAUUUCCUUUACACUAGGUGGAUUGUCGGUGGAAUCUUAGCCCAAACAGGCUUACAAUGGGUGUUUUACUCGUGCUCGUAGAAGCUCGAAGAAUGAGUGCACGCCUUAUUCUCAGAAGCAAGCACGGAUUUUAAGGAAUUCGUUGAAAUUUAAAUAUAUACAUUGAUGGACUAUGAUUUUAUGCAAUUGAAGCAAAGAGUCUGCAAGAGAUGAUUGUGUGUAGUGGGGCGUUUGUCAGCCUUGACUUUAUUAGCACGACGAUGAUUUUCAAGUUAUACAUGAACGUCUACUAGGUGCAUGAGUUAGGUGAUUCACGGUAUGUACGGUGCAUACUAGAGAUUCCGCAUCAACUGGUUGCUAGCUCUUAGAUCUGAUGUCAGAAAACGUAUGUUUUUUACGUAUUUGUCAUGCAGAGGUCUGUGAUCUGAGUUAAAAACCGACUGUUACUUUUCGUUCGAGAUUGCACUACCCGUCGAGGAACCAAAGCGAAGCUUAGGCUUCUUCGCAACGGCCCUGCAACAGAGGCACAGGCAGAAGGAAGGCAAAGCCAAGGCAGGAAGAGAGGGAGGGAGGGAGGGAUCACGAUGCGGGGGGCGACGCCACCAUCGUCAUCGCUGCCCAAUAGGUUUCGCGUAGGAGAGGUGCCCACCAUUUACUACGUCCCCGAUUUCGUUUCAGCGGCGGAGGAGGCUUCACUCGUGCAGGAGGUGCAAGUUGCCCCAGUGGCCAAGUGGAAAACCCUUAAAAAUCGCCGGCUCCAGAACUGGGGAGGCGUCGUGCACGAGAAAGGCCUAAUAUCACAGCCCAUUCCGGCAUGGUUGAGCUCUAUAACCGAGAAGAUAGCAAAAGAGACGAAUCUAUUUCCUGCUCCUAUCAAUCACGUCCUUGUGAACGAAUACCUGCCUGGGCAAGGAAUCACGUCUCAUCAAGACGGUCCAGUGUAUUACCCUGUGGUGGCUAUCCUAUCACUCGGAGCUCCGACUCUAAUGCACUUUACUCCUCAUGUCCGUUUGACUGAAGCAAAUAAUGAUGAAAAUCCAGACGGGCUGCUCGAGCCAUCCCAAAAAACACAAGGCGGGAGAGAUCAUCCAGUUCAAGCUACUUGCUCAUUAGUGUUAAUGCCCAGAAGCUUAUUGGUCUUCAAAGAUUCUGCCUAUACAGAAUAUCUGCACGGGAUUGACGAGGCUUACGAAGAUCUUCUUAAUAACAAGGUGGUGAAUUUGGAUGCUUACCUUUCGCAUGUAAGCAGUAGAAAUGACGGGAUAGCAGAGGAUUCAAGACUUGGAGAUGUUGCUGAGGAGAAGGAUAUGCUUAGAAGGACAGGUACUCGGGUGUCGCUCACAUGUCGACAUGUGCCGAAAGUGUACAAGAAUUUCCUUCGACUAUAGGAGUCAAUCUUCCGCUAAGCGACUUGUGCACUAAAAGUUUAUCAUAAAACAAUGGAUUACAACCUUUGCUUU